AGAUUCCAUUGCAGGGGAUUUUUUAAAAUCAAGAAUUUCAGGAAUUUCUUGGAUACCUCAGACAACUGGCACAUGCGGGAGGUAUAAGGUAUAGACGAAUUGCUUGUGAGCAUUCGCAUUAUAUCAAAUACCAGUCGUACAAUCCAUAACACACGCGUUGGAUCCUCGCCGUUUUUUUUUCUUUUCCACGAGAACUAUUUCCCUCUGGGAUUGGAUUCUAUCAAGUAUCCCAGAUCUACGGAACGUCGAUCGCUGACCAACAUCUGGGGUUGAUAGUUGCCUCAUUCGUCUAAUUACACAUAGCCGCCUACGUUAAUGAUAGACAGGCCCAUUUUUGGUCUCCUCCUUUCCUAACUUCACGCGUCACCCACCGCUGUGAUAAUUAUUCUCGGUGCCGUCAAUCGAAUUCUACGACCUUGAGCUCUCUUUCAACUCUUCCCAGAGCUCGUUUGGCGCCGUUGCAACUCCCAUUGUUUAUAUCGAACAAUAGGAUUCGCCAACAGUCAAGAUGAGCAAUCAAGGGGAGGCGACUACUACGCCGACCGCUUCGGCUUCGUCUCUUUACCUGACUCUGGCCCCUGUGGCUUUGGUGGCUGGUGUCUACUUCGCCAUUUUCCUGGUUCUACGUAAGAGCCAGAGGCGUUACUACGCUCCGCGCACUUAUCUAGGAAGCCUUCGUCCGAGUGAACGAUCACCGGCUCUUCCCAAUGGCCUCCUCAAUUGGAUUGGUCCAUUUUGGAAACUUCCAGAUAUCCAUGCAUUACAGCAUCAAUCCUUAGAUGCUUAUCUCUUCCUACGAUUUUUACGUAUCAUGGUCAUAGUUUGUUUCGUGGGCUGUUGUAUACUCUGGCCGGUGCUGUUCCCCGUGAACGCGACGGGGCAUGGAUCUUCUACGCAGGUGGAUAUACUGUCCUAUUCUCACAUUAAUAAGGACACAGAGCCGAACCGCUACUAUGCCCAUACUUUCAUGGCCUGGAUUUUCUACGGAUUCGUGAUGUACAUGAUCAUGCGCGAAUCCAUCUUUUAUGUCAACCUACGACAGGCGUUCUUGCUCUCACCUUUCUAUGCCCACCGUAUCUCUUCUCGGACCGUGCUCUACGUUUCCGUUCCCAACGAGUAUCUUGACGAGGCUAAGAUACGAAAAGUGUUUGGUGACUCGGUUAAGAAUGUUUGGAUUGCUGGAGAUACGGAGAAGCUCGAUGAUCUCGUCAAAGAGCGGGACGAGGUAGCCAUGAAGUUGGAGAAGGCCGAAGUCAAAUUGAUCAAGCUCGCCAACGCAAACCGACUUAAGGCCUUGAAGAAGAACAAGGGAGGCUCUAGCGAAACGGCUGAGGCUCCCACAGACGCAGAAUCGGGUAGCAUAGCUGCGCGUUGGGUCCCUGAAAAGAAACGACCAAGUCACCGACUUGGACUCCUUGGCCUUGUGGGUAAGAAGGUUGAUACCAUCAACUGGUGCCGAACAGAGUUGGAACGGAUCAUCCCUGCUGUCGAGACAGCUCAAAAUGAAUAUCGCACCGGAAAUUACAAGAAAAUCCCUAGCGUCUUCGUCGAAUUUGCCCAUCAAGCUGAUGCCGAGUCAGCAUACCAGGUAUUGGCCCACCAUCAAGCUCUGCGCAUGUCGCCCAAAUACAUUGGUGUUACGCCCCGCGAGGUUGUCUGGGGUGCGCUGAAGGUGUCAUGGUGGCAGCGGAUCAUCCGUAGAUUUGCUGUACUUGGAUUCAUUUCCGCUCUCAUCAUCUUCUGGGCUGUUCCCGUCGCUGUCGUUGGUGUCAUUUCCAAUGUCAGUUACAUCGCGAACAAGGUCUUCUUCCUCCAUUGGCUGUUGUCGAUCCCUUCCAUUAUUCUAGGACUUAUCCAAGGGUUGCUGCCUGGUGUUGCUCUCUCAAUCCUUAUGUCGCUCGUUCCCGUAAUCAUGAGACUGUGCGCCAAACUCUCCGGAGAGCCUUCUCUAUCACGAGUCGAGCUGUUCACCCAGAACGCGUAUUUCGCUUUCCAGCUUAUUCAGGUCUUCUUGAUAAUGACGGUUACCUCAUCAGCAUCGGCUGUCGUAACGCAAAUCGCCCAGAAUCCUGGUUCUGUCACAUCUGUACUAUCAGAGAACCUCCCUAAAGCCUCCAAUUUCUACAUCUCGUAUUUUAUCAUCCAAGGCUUAGGCGUAGCCUCAGGUGUUCUCACACAGGCCGCCGGAUUUGUUAUCUUCACGCUUAUGUACAAAUACCUCUCCGGCACACCGCGUGCUCUCUACACAAAGUGGGCAAAUCUCAGCGCCAUAUCCUGGGGUAGUGUCUUGCCGGUCUAUACCAAUAUCGCCGUGAUUAGUAUCACGUAUGCUGCUAUAGCACCGUUGGUCCUUGGUUUCGCCGCCAUCGGUCUUUCGCUUUUCUACCUCGCAUGGCGAUACAAUGUUUUCUUUGUUACGGACACAAAUAUCGACACCCGAGGUUUAAUCUACCCCCGAGCACUGAAGCAGCUCUUUUCUGGAAUUUACAUUUCUGAGCUGUGCAUGAUUGGAAUAUUCGCUACUUCUGUAGCCAUCGGUCCAUUGGUCCUCAUGAUUGUAUUCCUCAUUUUCACCGUUCUAUUCCACGUGACCCUUAAUAGCGCUAUUGACCCCCUACUUUACAACCUGCCUAGGACCCUCGGGAUUGAAACGGAAUCUAAGAAGUUUCACGAGAGUUCGCCAACCCGGAACGGUACACAUUCUACUACACACGAUGGCCAUCAGGAUGGUGUCCGGGAUGGCCUUCCGGAUGCUGAGAAGGUGGCAUCCGAUGAUACUGCCGUGGAUGUAAAGAAGCCUGGAUUCUUUUCCAAAUUCCUGAAACCAUGGCAGUACUGCGAUUAUGAGGCAAUGUGUAAACUUGUACCUCACGACGCGAUCGAUACCUCUAACUUGUAUUCGGACGAGAUUGAACGCAACGCUUACUUCCCGCCUUCAGUUAGCAGCAGAACGCCGCUGUUGUGGAUCCCCGAGGACUCUAUGGGCAUCUCGAAACAAGAGGUCCGAGAUACUAGCAAGGUGAUCCCGAUUACUGACGAAGGCUGCGCACUAAAUGACAAGAACAAGUUGGAAUGGGACACGGAGACUGUGCGCCCACCUGUUUGGGAGGAGAAGAUCUACUACUAAGUUUAGCAUCUAAGUGAGGUUUUAGCCGCAUGAAUACCGAACCUAACAUGACUCGAGAAUGAGUAUGUUUAGGGCAUGAUAUCCCAGUUUCUCAUCAUGAUUGUUAUGGGCGGGGUUGGUCUAUGAUACCAGGCUUUGAUCGAUGCAUCAGGAUGAAAUCUUUCUUUUUUUGUCUUUUUAUUAUUUGGGGUGGUUGAAGUCGAUGGAUGACUACCUAAGGAUAUCGUUGGUAGGAGUGCUGGUGUCUAUUAUACCCGUCUUUAUGAAGAGGAAGUGUUUAGUAUCAUGACAAGUUAAUAACAAACCCUAAUAAUGAAAAAAUCAUGAUAUUCAAUUA